UAAUGAUGUAACUCAGUUACUAACACAGUUACUAUUUGUGAGAAGUAACUAGUAAUUAUAACUAAUUACUUUUUUAAAGUAACGUGCCCAACACUGUUUAUGACACACUAAAUGAUGUGGGUGAUACAUUCACUGUCUGCUUUGACAUAAUGGAGAACCUGGUCCUUCCUAGAUCUGCUAUUGGUCAAACAUAUUACUCACGGCAGGUAUACUUUUAUGUAUUCGGUGUGGUUCGUCACCGUGGCAGAGGAGAACCCCAGAGUCGGCAUGAGAUAAAUCUGUACACCUGGCUGGAAUAUGAGAACUCAAAGGAUAGUAACAUCGUUGCCUCAGCUCUACAACACUACUUCAGCACAGUGGCUAGAGUUGAUCUGCACCAGUGUCAGAGCCUCUGCCUGUUCUCCUACUCUUGCUACGGCCAGAAUAAAAACAUUAAUGUUCUGUCAAUGUUGUUUGCCCUGCGUACUCCGCUGUACUCUCAGCUCAAUGUCACUUACUUCUUUCCUAUACGAGGGCACAGUUUCCUUCCGGCUGACAGAGUGUUUGGAAGGAUUGAGCAAGAUAUCCGGAAGCAUACAACUAUUCUGUUGCCGGAAGAGUAUAACAACAUUUUGCAGAAGCAUGGCACUGUCCAUCAAUAUGGGAAGGACUGGCAGUGCUAUGACUUCAAAGAAGCAGCAGCCAGGUUCACAACAAAAAAAGUGAAGCAAGAGUGCUGCAAAUCUCUGGAGAUAAACUGGGGAUUAAGCCUGUGUUUGCUGGUGAAUUUUGCCAGCACUCUGUGCUGAAGCGAGGUAAGAGGUGGUGUCAGUUAAGCCAGCUCCUCUUCCGGAUGUGAACUGCGUCAAGGAAGCAAAGAGGACUGAUGUCUUGAAGCUGCUGGGUGAGUUAGGAGUGCCAAAAGCUGUGCACGAGUUCUAUGAAAACAUCCUGGCAAGCGAUGGUGGCAAGCGAUGGUGACAAGGACAUUGAACAAGACCUUGAGGAUGGACUUUUGCCUGUAUUCAGACAGGGCAGAAGGGUGACUGCAGAGAAAUGGGUGGGAUUGGCAAAUAAUCGCAGAUCUCAUUCAACCCCUGUGUAGAGGUUUAUCUAAUGUUUAGUUUUAAAAUGAUUGUGCUCUCAUCUUUUUCAGGGUUUCUAGUUGCAGUGAUUUUUCAACUACCGUAUUGACCCGAAUAUAAGACGAUGUUUUUUCCUUAGAAAUACAUCUGAAAAAACACGUUCGUCUUAUAUUCAGGGUCUAGACUUUGACAUGUCAAUAAUACACCCACAACAAUAGGUGGCGCCAAAAACGCAUAAAACGAGUGUGCCAUGAAAUAUGUAAUGUGUGUUGUAAAGAUCCCGAAUGAAAACAAAUAAAAAAGAAAAGCUUAUGAUCAUGACUGUAUGUUGGCCUGAUGGGACCAAACUUCCUCUGUAAGUGAUUUUAAAACAUAAGACAGUACCCAGAUUUGAAGAAGACUACAAUAAGAUUUCACGUCUACUGAUAAUAACAUUUUGGUAGGCUGCUAUGAGUUGCAUAGCCUAAUUGUUAUAUAAUUCAGAUGGGCUACCUGUUAUUUCAAUGGUAUAUCAAAAUUUUCCAAUGUCAUUGUUGGUACAUUUUACCAGUAUUUACCAUACUUUCAAAACAAAAAUUAGAAUUGGAAAAAUAUGCAAUAUGAAAAUAAUUUAAGAAUAAAUGUGUUUUACAGAGAGAAAAAAAAAAAAAAACAAGAUUUGGUUUUCAAAAAGCUUUUUUCCAACAGGUACAUCUGGAAAAAGGGGGGU